AUGAGGAGAAGCCAAGUUCUCUGCUUUCUGCAGACAGGGUCUCCCCUGGAGGGGUCUUCCUCUAAGGCGAGCUUCAGAUCUGCUCAAGCUUCCUGCCGUGGGGCCAGGAGGCAGGGCCUGGGCAGGGGAGACCAGAGCCUCUUGGUGAUGCCUCCGAAUGGCAGGGCUCAGACACACACACCGGGCUGGGUAAGUCCCCGCAGUGAAAACCAAGAUGGUCUUUUGCCUGCCAGCCCCGGCAGACUCUGCUCUCACCGUGGUGCCCACAUUCCAAGUUUUCAGACCCACCAGGACCCAGUGACAGCAUCUGGGUCCUCGGAGCUGCAUGGGGACUGUCCCCAGUUCAGGGCAUUGGACGGAGCUGGGAACUGA